GAUGUCAUUGUUUCUAUUUCAUUUCUGUGCGGUCUUGUUUUGUAUUAUGGUCUGAUUAUUUUAUUAAAUCACACUCCCUGAACUUGCUUCCCGACUCUCAGCGCACAUCCUUACAGAAUGACGCCUCACAUAAGGGAAGCAUCAUGGAGUGUUUUUUGGGGUUAGGUGGGAAUGACGUUGGGUCUGGGAGCUGCUACAGGCUCUCAUUCCUCAGCCCGGAUCGACAGGCUCCCCUGCCUCAGCCGGCUCGCCGGGCUUUCAUGCCUUCACCGGAUCGUCAGGCUCUUAUGUCUCAACCGGAUCGCCAGGCUCCCCUGCCUGUCAGGUUCCUGCAUCCCAGCCGGCGACAGGUUCUCGCGCAUCAGGCUGCUCGUUAUGGCGCACACCUGUCACCAUCGUUACACGCACCAGCGCAUCGUCAGAUACCUGGACUCAUCACUUCCUUGAUUACCUGCCCUAUGUCACUCCAUUUGGUUCCUUCCCCAGGCUUCUUUGUUUCUGUUUCAUGUCUGCGUUCUUGGUUUUUAUUAAAUCACCCACUCACUCCCUGAAUUGCUUCCCGACUUUCAGCGCACAUCGUUACGAGCAAGUCCGCCUGCUAUCCACUGCUUGUCCACUAAGUCAUGUCAGCCCCAGGUUACCCAUCCCCUCACCAGGGUCCUGGAAGUUACUCCACGACCCCCUACCCUGUUCCUCAUGGUGGGUAUGGUGACCCUAACCAUGCUCCCCCACUGGUUGGCUUCCAUAUGGGCUACAACCACAAACAACCCCACCCAGGCCAGCCUGUGAUGUACCAGCCUGUGCCCAUGCCUGAAUAUGGGGUACCUCAAAUGGGCCCAGGCUAUGGUGGUCCCAUGCCUGGGCCUGAAUACGGUGCACCUAACCCGGGCCCUCCUGCAGCCAUCUCCCCAGCCCCUGCAGCAGUUGUGCCUGUUGGAGUUCCACCUGGUCUGGAGUACCUAACACAGAUUGACCAGAUCCUUAUACACCAAAAAGUGGAGUUGCUGGAAGUGUUCACUGGCUUUGAGACCAACAACCAGUACGAGAUCAAGAACAGCCUGGGUCAGAAGAUCUACAAGGCCAAGGAGAAAAACGACUGCUGCACGCGCAACUGCUGCGGCGCCCUGCGUAGCUUCGACAUGAAGAUCAAGGACAACACGGACCGCGAGGUCAUCCGCUUCAUACGACCCUUCCGCUGUGCCUCUUGCUGUUGCCCCUGCUGCCUGCAAGAGCUCGAGGUCCAAGCCCCGCCUGGCACCACCAUAGGCUAUGUGUCCCAGGACUGGAACCCCUGCGUGCCCAAGUUCUCCAUCAAGGGGGCCAGCAAGGAGACCGUAAUGAAGCUGGAAGGACCCUGCUUUGCCUGCAACUGCUGCGGGGAUGUCAAUUUUGAGCUGACGGGGAAAGAUGGAGGCAAGCCCAUCGGCCGCAUCAGUAAGCAGUGGGGUGGCCUGAUAAAGGAGGUCUUCACCUACACGGACAACUUUGGCAUCCAGUUCCCCAUGGAUCUGGACGUCAAGAUGAAGGCUGUGCUCAUGGGUGCCUGCUUCCUCAUUGAUUUCAUGUUCUUCGAGAAGGACUGAGCACUUUCAACUCAAAUUGAUUUCUUGGUUAUCUAUGUGCAUUUGGGGUUCAGAACAGUAUGGAAACUUUACAUGUUCUUAAUACUUUAUUUCAGUUUUUUCUUUUUAGUCACUGCCAUGGCAAGCAUUUUAUCAUACCAUACAGCUUCAGUUGAAGUAUUACAUUCUAGAUUCUUUAUUUUGGUAUUUUCUGUGUUUGUGUGUAAUGAUUAUAUUUUGCAUCAACAUGUCUUUUGUAAAGCAAAUGUACACAUUA